UACAAGUUCGUGUCAUUUUGGUACUCUGAGUCUGAUUAAAAAUCGGGUUGUGUUCUGAAUUAUUGGAAGCGUACCGAUGUUAAUAUGGCUUCGGCUAAACUUGAUUGGGGCAAAUAUGCGGACGAGCAAGAAAAACUGUCUGCGAAGGUGUCUAAUUUAAACAUAGAAAAACAGCCUACAGAAAAUACACCAACUAGUGAAGAUUCUAAGAGUGACAAUGGAACGGAUGAACAUAUCCCACCAGCAGAACAGUCUUUAUUACAAAAGAUCAUACGUAUAGGUUUAGUGGAGACAACAAAGGAUCCAGAAAUUCUAAGGAAAGACCCAGCCUCACCAUUAUAUAGCGUUAAAUCUUUCGAAGCCCUUCAUCUUAAACCAGCUUUAUUAAAAGGAGUCUAUGCCAUGGGAUUUAAUGCUCCAUCAAAAAUUCAAGAAACUGCAUUACCUACUUUACUAGCAGACCCUCCUCAGAAUAUGAUUGCUCAGUCACAAUCUGGAACUGGCAAGACAGCAGCAUUUGUGUUAGCAAUGCUGAGCAGAGUAGACACCACUAAAAAUUAUCCUCAGGUGCUUUGUUUAUCACCGACAUACGAGUUAGCUAUACAGACAGGGGAAGUGGCAGCAAAAAUGUCUGCAUUCUGUAAUGAAAUAAAAAUCAAAUAUGCAGUCAGGGGAGAAGAAAUAAGUCGGGGAUCGAAAAUUACAGAGCACAUAAUUAUAGGAACACCAGGAAAAGUACUAGACUGGGCCAUAAAAUUUAAAUUCUUUGACCUGAGCAAAAUAUCAGUUUUUGUUUUAGACGAAGCAGAUGUGAUGAUUGCAACGCAAGGCCAUCAGGAUCAGUGUAUUCGUAUUCAUAAACAACUUGAACGCACAUGUCAAAUGAUGUUCUUUUCUGCAACUUAUGAAUCAGAGGUGAUGAAAUUUGCAGAAAUUAUAGUUAAUAACCCUUUGAUAAUACGGUUGUUGAAAGAAGAGGAGAGCUUAGAUAACAUUAAGCAAUAUUAUGUCAAGUGUAAAGGCUUGGAUGAAAAAUACACAGCUAUCACUAAUAUCUACGGUGUGAUAACAAUAGGGCAAGCAAUCAUUUUUUGUCACACUCGAAAAACAGCAAACUGGUUAGCUGAAAAUAUGACAAAGGAUGGUCAUGCAGUAGCUGUUUUAUCUGGUGAAUUAACGGUAGAACAAAGAAUAUCAGUGUUGGAUCGAUUUAGAGCUGGUCUCGAAAAAGUUCUCAUCACGACGAAUGUCUUAGCUAGAGGUAUCGACGUUGAACAAGUAACAAUAGUAGUAAAUUUUGACCUACCAAUGGAUCAAAAUCGACAAGCGGACUGUGAAACAUACUUACACAGAAUCGGCCGAACAGGACGGUUCGGUAAAUCUGGAAUCGCCAUUAAUUUAGUAGACUCCCCGCAUGCAAUGGAAAUAUGUAGAGAUAUAGAGAAACAUUUUGGAAAAAAAAUACAUUAUCUUGACGCAGAAGAUGCGGAUGAAAUAGAAAAGAUUGGAGCCUAAAUUAGCGUGUAAGAAAUAUAAUUAUGCUUUUUAUUAAAUAUACGUAGAUAUAUUGUAAUACUUUCGAAAAUAAUACAUCUUUGUAUUCUUAAUAUACCGGAUCUUUGUAUUUCUUUUCCAAUGGCACAUAUUACUGACAAA